AUGGAUUUUGGUGAUGAUGAUGAUGAGGAACAUUUUUCACAUGGUGACGAUGGUAUUGAUGACGAUAAUGAUAAACCGCAUGAGGUUACUCAUGACGAUGAUUAUGAUGCUGAUGAUGACGGUGAAGAUGAUGUUGAUAAUGAUUCGGACGACGGUGUCUAUAAAGAUGAUGAUUUGGAUGAUGACGAUGAGGAAUCAGACAAUGAUUCGCAUGAGAAUUAUGACGGAGAUAGAAAUCGUGAUUACGAUCAUCUUGAUGAUGAUAAUAAAAAUGGAAAUUAUUCGGAUGGUGAUGACAAUGAGUAUGAUGAGUUCCAUGAUGAUGAUGAUAAUGAUUAUGUUGCUGAUGAAUCGAGUGAUGACGUAUUUGAGGUUAAAGAUGUUGAUAAAGGUUAUGGUGAUGAGGAAGGGUUUUCGGGUGAUGAUUUUGAAUAA